AUGAAUUGUCCUUCGAGAACCGACGACACUAUCCUCCAUCCCGGCUGGAAUCAGAGCCCCCCGCACCUCGCCGCCGAUCUCACCACCCGUGAAGAUUUCGGCGACGUUGCCAAUGCGAGGGGGGUGACAGAACUUAUUGACUCCUCGCCAAACGACCGUUUCUACUCCAAAAAGCACGGGCACUAUCAAACGGAUCUUCCAAACGGAGAUGAGAAAAUCUCCAGCGGUGCUAGCCGUGGGGGUAGAAAAUCUAUCUCUGAUGUAUUGCAGAACCGGCUCUCCGCAUUCUGGCAGACUCGAAAUCUACUAUUCAUUUCCUUAUUAUUUAAUGUUGCGGCCAUUUUCCAUAUGACUGGUCAGGAUACCCCUCAAUCUACCAGGUUCUCCGAUAAAUUUGGGGAAUGGAAUAUUGCCCCUUUGAGGAAGAGAGGGACCUGCGCAAGCGGAGGUGGAAAUCGGGUCGAUUACAAUCUUCCCCUCCACGUCGGCGCCGUCUUCAUCAUCCUCUUCGUUUCUGGAUCCGCAUGCGCGUUCCCUAUGCUGGCGAUGAAGUUCCCACGCCUUCGAAUCCCCCCUACCUUUCUCUUCUGCGCCCGUCAUUUCGGCACCGGAGUCCUUCUCGCGACGGCGUUCGUGCAUCUGCUCCCGACGGGUUUCAUCCUCUUAGGCGACCCAUGUCUCUCCGGCUUCUGGACGAACGAUUACCCCGCCAUGCCCGGCGCCAUCGCCUUGGCUGCGGUGUUCUUCGUCACGAUCAUCGAAAUGGUGUUCAGUCCUGCUCAGCACAUGUGCAGUGGAGACCAGCGCAUGGAGGCCAUCGUCCGCCAGCCAUCGAACGCAAACCGGGAAGCGGAACCCUCAGAGGAAACGUUAUCUCCGAGACUUGAAUCGAGACACGGCUGGACUUCUCCGGUGCGGGUCAAAGGCCCGCUCAUUGGCCGGAGGAACAGCUUCAGUCGGCGGCUCACGCAGCUGGGGGAGGAGAACGAGACGUUAGACCAGAUUGACAUCGGUCAGCCGGCGAUUGAAACCACCGAACCCAAGGAAAAACUCGACCUGGAGAGCUCCAAAAGCAGUGUGCCAGGCCUGUCCCUUACGGACGAGCAGAAAAACAGGAAGGGGAUUCUACAAUGCGUGCUUUUGGAAGUGGGCAUUUUAUUUCACAGCGUUUUCAUUGGGAUGGCGCUCAGCGUGUCUCGUGGAAACGAAUUCGUGAUUCUGCUGAUUGCGAUCACGUUUCAUCAAACCUUUGAAGGCCUCGCGCUCGGCUCACGCAUCGCCUCUCUAUCAUGGCCAAAGAAUACGGGCAAGCCGUGGCUCAUGGCCUUGGCGUAUGGCUGCACUACCCCAAUCGGUCAAGCGAUCGGUCUCGCAACCCACACGCUCUACGACCCCGACUCGGAAGUCGGCCUCCUCCUAGUCGGGAUCAUGAACGCCAUAUCCGCCGGCCUUCUCGUCUACGCAUCGCUGGUCGAGCUCCUUUCCGAGGACUUCCUCAGCGACGAGAGCUGGCGCGUGCUCCGGGGUAAGCGACGCGUAUGGGCAUGUGUUCUGGUGUUUUUCGGCGCGUUUGGGAUGAGCUUGGUUGGCGCUUGGGCUUAG